AUGGGCUACCAUUACCAUCUCACCAAUGAAAUAGUGAAAUCCUUUAAUUUCAAGAGUGGAGAUGAUGCCCCUGAACUCCUGAAAGUCAUCAUGGAUCCCCUUACAAAAGUCACCAUCCAGGCUUGUGAUUUCAAACCAAAAAUCCAAGCAGAGAAACAGUUUGAACUCAAACUGCUUUCAAAUGAGGUUUUUCUUAAACCGAACCCCGCCAGCAAGCCUGAGAACUCUGAGGAACUCAGAGAACCAGCUAAGCUCACUUGGCAUAUGGAUUACCAGCAAAAAUGCCCAAAGUUAGAGCAGAGACACCCUGGCUUAGUGGAAGGGCAAAAUAUCAAAACAAAUUCUCACCCUGAAACUGUAAAAGGGGUCUCUCCUAAGCUGCUGGCUGUGAAAGAAAAAGAUCACUUUCUAACAGACUUUCCAGGGCAGACAUUUUCCUCAAGCAGAACAGUCCUUCAGAGUUCUAGGCAAGGCACAGUUACCAGGGAGACUCAUGAGCUGGGGGGAGGCAAAGAGUCAGAAUGCUCAGACAACCUGUCCAUGGAGGCAACCAUGACGGAUGAGGAAUUCUUAUCAGUAGGAGAACCCUACCCUCCACGUGGAGAGAUUCUGCAACCAACCUGGAACAGAAGGAACAGAGUCCAGAUGAAGAGGACCUCCAAAAAUGAAGAUGAAGAGAGAAUUCAGGAUGACACUGCUUCCACAAAGAAAAGAAUUAAGGUUUUUUGCCUAGCCGUUCUAAGCAUGACUCGUCUCCUGGUAUUUCUCUUCUCUUUUAUCUGCUCCUUAGACGUUCUCAGCAGUGCCUUCCAGCUAGUUGGAGGAAAAUUGGCUGCAGACAUUUUCUUUGAUGGUUCAAUACUUUUCAACCCCAUAGCUAGCUCAAUGGUGGGUUUGCUGGUGACUGUUUUGGUGCAGAGUUCCAGCAUAUCCACAUCCAUCAUCGUCAGCAUGGUGUCAUCUUCAGUGUUGACAGUACAUGCAGCAAUUCCCAUGAUGAUGGGAGCCAAUGUUGGGACUGCAAUCACCAAUACAUUGCUGGCCCUCAUGUAUGCCGGAGACAGGGAAGAAUUUGGAAGAGUUUUUACAGCAGCUACUCUCCAUGAUUUAUUUAAUUGGUUGUCAGUGCUGGUGCUACUGCCUGUGGAGUUGAUCACGGACUUCCUCUUCCACAUCGCUGAAAGAAUAACGACUUCCUUUAAUAUCCAGCCUGAUGAUGAUGCCCCUGAACUCAUGAAAGUCCUCACAGUUUUCUUAACAGAACUCAUCAUCCAGCUGGAUAAAAAAGUCAUCACUGAUAUUGCUGCAGGAGUUGCAGAAGCUAAAAACAAAAGCCUGAUAAAGAUUUGGUGUAAAACUUUUAAAAAUGUGACUUUUAGCAAUGUUACCGUUCCCUCACCAGAAAGCUGCACCUCUCCCCCUCUCUGCUGGACUGAUAGGAAUAUGACCUGGACCCUCAAAAACACAACGUAUAAACAGAACAUUGCAAAAUGCCAUCACAUGUUUGUGAACACCAGCUACUCUGAUACGGUCGUCGGAUUCAUUCUUCUACCCCUCUCCGUGUUCAUCUUGUGUGCAAGUUUGAUCUUGUUUGUCAGGGUCUUGAAUGAUGAGCUCAAGGGACCAUUUGCUGCAGUGAUUAAGAACUACAUCAACAUAGAUUUCCCCUUCCCGUUUACCUGGUUAGCAGGCUACAUUGCCAUUUUUGUUGGAGCUGUUUUGACCUUUGCUGUACAAAGUAGUUCCGUGUUCACCAGUAUAAUCACUCCUCUAGUUGGCAUCGGUGUGAUCACCCUUGAGAGAGCUUAUGCUUUAACAUUGGGCUCCAACAUCGGCACCACCAGCACUGCCAUCUUGGUUGCAUUAGCUAGCCCUCGAAAUUCUUUAAAAAGUUCACUCCAGAUUGCCCUGUGCCAUUUGUUCUUCAACAUCGCCGGGGUCAUUCUGUGGUACCCAAUCCCAUUCAUGCGACUGCCUAUCCAUUUUGCCAAGAGGUUAGGGAAUACCACAGCCACCUAUCGUUGGUUUGCCAUCGUCUACCUGGUCAUCGGCUUUUUCCUGGGCCCAUUGGUGGUGUUUUGCUUUUCCAUUGCUAGUAGGAGAGUGUUGAUAAUUGUAGGACUACCCCUAUUUUUUCUGCCCUUUGUGUUAGUAUACCUGCAUGCCUUCAACAUUUUUCACCUGUUUCCCUUGUGGAUGACAUCCCUGAAACCCUGGGAUGAUCUGAUAACUAGCAUCAUGGACAGAUGCAGGCAGUGUGGUGAAAACAUUUCACACAAAUGCAAAAACUCCAAGCUAAACAGGUUUAUUUCGAGGAGACCUCUCCCACAAUAAAGCCAGCCCCUAGUCCAGAUCUGA